GCAGGACGACUGAAGUCUUGUUUCGUGUUUUUGCUGUCAGUGAGCAUGCAGUUUGUUUAGACAAAAUGUUGCCCGAAGAAGAAAAAUGUACGAUAUCUUAAUGCUUCAUUAUUGACCAAACCAGUGUCCGGUUCAAUUGCAUCUUCUAGCCAGGAGUGUACAGUUUGAAGUCUGCCCGAAAACAAGUAUCAUAGUGGCAGCAGGCUGAGAAAGUCAGUUCAGACUUUCUAUACCCAAACACAAAUUCCGUCACAUCCUGCAGAAUAUUCAGACAUUCUCCAUACAACUGUAAUAUACAGUGGUCAAAUAACCUGGAUUUUUACUAACAAAUAGAAAACAUAACAGAUUUGAAUAUGUUAAGAGGCUCUCCAUUGAUGGAUUAAGUUGCUUAUCAUUUUUGACUGACUACAGGACUAUCCAGGACAUGAUGGGCCCUAGGAGAAAAUCCACUAAGACAAGUGUUGUGGGAGGAACAAAUUUUACUUUGCCAAAAGAAGAAUCAAAAGAUUACAUAAAUGAGCUUUCACAUGAGGUGCUCUGCCAUAUAUUCCGCUAUCUGCCUAUGCCUGACAUUAUGUGCAUGGAAUGUUUGUCACGAAAGCUACAAGAGGCAGUGACACUGUAUUUGCGGGUGGUCAAAAUGGUCGACUUGUGUGCCAGCCGGUGGUGGGAGUACAUGCCUUCAGGGUUUACAGACACGAAUUUUCUCACUCUUCUAAAGAAGAUGCCUGAUUUGGAGCAGUUGUAUGGUUUACACCCACGUUAUUUAGAGCGGAGAAGGGUUAGGGGAUAUGAAGCUUUCAGUAUUCCUGGGGUUUUGGAGGCUCUUCAGGCUUGUCCCAGUCUUUUGGGUGUGGAAACAUCUCAUUUGGAGCUGGUAGAAGCAAUAUGGAACUACAUGCCUCAGGUUCACAUCCUUGGAAAAUUCAGGAACCGCAAUGGGGCAUUUCCAAUUCCCCCAGAAAACAAACUUACAAUUCCAGCUGCCGCUAAAAUUCAGACCCUUCAUCUUGUUGGAGUCAAUGUCCCAGAAAUUCCUUGUGUGUCCAUGCUCAGGCAUUUGUAUCUGAAGUGGGUUCGUCUCACAAAACCUCAGCCAUUCAAAGAUUUUCUGUGUGUGAGCCUGCGUACGUUUGUCAUGAGAAACUGUGCUGGUCCCACCAACUCCUUGAAGUAUGUACCACUGGUGACAGGUUUGGCCUCUGCACGCAACCUGGAGCAGCUAGAACUUGUAAGGGUUCCUUUCUUAGGAGGACUAAUACAACAUGUGGUGGAGGACAGCUGGAGGUCAGGAGGAUUUCGUAAUUUGCACACUAUUGUAUUUGGUGCCUGUAAGAAUGCUCUUGAAGUGGACUUAGGCUAUCUCAUUAUUACUGCUGCACAUGGAUUGCAUGAAGUUCGUAUCCAGCCUUCCCUAACCAAAGAUGGAGUCUUUUCAGCACUGAAAAUGGCCGAACUUGAGUUUCCACAAUUUGAGACUUUGCAUCUUGGAUAUGUUGAUGAAUUCCUAUUACAGUGUAAAUUGAGUCAUACUGAGCUGGUCAAAUAUGGCCUUGCUGAUGUAAUAGAAAACCCAGGAAUCAUCACUGAUGUUGGAAUGAAAGCUGUUAAUGAAGUGUUUCCCUCCAUCAAAUACCUUGUCAUUUAUAACUGUCCACAUCUUCACAACCCACACAGCUGGAUCACAGAGCAUUCUCGUUGGACCAGAUUGCUGGAUCUUACACUAGUGCGCUGUCAUGCCAUUAAGCUUGAGUCCUUUAGCCAGUGUAUUGAAAUGCUGCCAAAUCUGGAGUUUAUCUCCCUAGACCAGAUGUUCCGCGAGCCUCCAAAGGGUUGUGCACGGGUCGGUUUGAGUGCGGGCACAGGUAUCGGUGUAUCCUCUGCUCUGGUCAGUAACCAGAACCCUAACCAGAACAACAAUAACAAUCACCUUAACAAUAAUGAUGCCAAUAUUCAUCCACAAAACCUGGACAAUGCUGUAGAUAUGGCACCACACAGAGUUGAGGAGAUCCAUGAUGUUGAGGGUUUGAUGGUGGAGAAUAUUGAGGUUGAGCCACAGGUAACAGGAGUCAGUCAAAGGAAGGAGUCUAAAGGGUCCUCUCAGGCACCAGAUCAAGAUGAAGAGCAAGCAGGGCCCAGCGGAGUGCAGCCUGUCAUUAAGAAAGUUCCAGUAGUGGUGUCUGAUUCUGACAGUGAUGAUGAUGAAGCCCAAAGUACUUUUUCCUCCUCCCAACAUAAUCCUAAGGCAGACAUGCCACAGAAGAUAGAUGAUGCAGAAGAGCUAGCAAAAAAAGACAAAGGGAAAACUCCUUUGCGCCGUUUGGGAGCUCAGUAUCUCAGUUAUGAGAAAGGCUGCCAAGUGACCAGUGAACAGAUCAAAGCAGACAUUAAAGCAGCUAAUGAAACAGCAGCGGAUGGUGCCCGAGACAGAAAUAAUGAGGCAAGUGUAUGCUCCGUUGACUGUAAAGUGAAAUCAGGUAAUCUUGGAAGGCCACGCGAUGCAGGAGGAAGGGAUGAUGAUUGUCUGAGGGCACAUUGCACUUGUAGCAGGUCUCACUUAUGCCCAGAACGUGGUAGUCAUGCCACCUUUCAUCAGCCAGAAGGAGAGGAGAACCAAUCACCCCACCAAGUUCCCAAACAACGAGCUAAAGCAGAAAUCAGCACAAUAGGCCACCACAGUGGAGUGGUGUCUCAAACAACGUCUAAAGACACGUUUUCCAGUCGACCAAUGACCCGUGCUUGCAGUAGACUCUGCUCUGUCCCGCUAGCACCUGACUCAGGGCUCUCAAAGGCUAUGCCACGGAUUGCAGUGAAAAGAAAACACACUGCAGACAAAUCAACCAGCACCAGUGACCCAGUCACUGAGGAUGACCACAUACAGGUGCUCACAUUAAAAUCCAAAAAUCUAGUGGGAAUCACACUCACAAACUGUGGCAUCACAGACCUAGUCAUAAAGGACUGCCCUAAAAUGAUGUUUGUUCAUGCUACUCGCUGCAGGGUGAUGAAAUACCUACAGGUGCACAAUACUUCAAUAGUGAACCGCUUUGAUUAUGCCCAAUGCAAAAAGCUGGACAUAGAACAGGUCUUGGAUCAGGUGCUGCGCAUACCCGCUGAAAGAAAUCGCAUUGUUUAUUUACGUCCCAUGAAACAGAUUGACUCAUUGGCCCUGGAGAAAAUGUUGUUUAGUGGUCCUUACCCAUACCACAUCGCCGUUAUCCAUGAGUUCAGUAACCCACCCAAUGUCAGGAACAAAGUGAGGGUACGGAGCUGGAUGGACACUGUUGCAAACAUCAGUCAGGAAUUAAUCAAGAAUGAAUUCUUCCCAGAGGCUAGAAGAACCGAAGCAGACAUAAAAAAAAAUCCUCACUACCCAUGGGGCAGAGACAUCUAUACCUUAGAGGGUGUAGUAGAUGGGGCACCAUACUCAAUGAUCUCUGAUUUCCCAUGGCUUCGUUCUCUACGUUUAGCAGUACCCAACAGUUAUGCUCGUUGUGACUUUGAGGAUGAUGAAAGCACUACUAUCUAUGCUCCACGGCGCAAAGGACAGCUUUCAGCUGAUCUCUGCAUGGAGACCAUUGGUGAGGAGAUCUCAGAGCGUCGUCAGAUGCAACUAGGUGUGUUUCAGCGGGUAGCUGUUAUUUUCAUCCAUUACUGUGACAUGCAUGGACAACCUGUGGAUGAUGACUAUAUGUAAAGCAAAUUGCUUAGGGACUUAAACACAAUUUUCUUAAAAAUUCUUUCUACAAAUGAUUGGAAACUGUGCCCAAAGAUGCUUUCUGAGUUACGUUUAUUUUUAGAAAAACAGUUGUGAUCAGAUAAUUCUAGAAUUGAGAAAUGUUUUUCAAGAAAAAUCAAUACAUGCUUUCACUGGGUUGUUUCUUUCUAUGUCCUCACAUGGUAGACAUAUCUGCCUCCAUCUUCGUAAAAGUGCAUGUAGGAAAUAAGUGAAUAAAGGUGCUUGUUUUGUUAUAUUAUUUAGAUAGAUAGAUAGAUAGAUAGAUAGAUAGAUAGAUAGAUAGAUAGAUAGAUAGAUAGAUAGAUAGAUAGAUAAAAUAUAAAAUCACAAUUGUCCUUGUGUGAAUUUCGAUACAUACUAUACAUCAAUAAAAUAAUAUUGUUCAGCAGUUUGUAAACUUUGCAACUUUGAAUAAAGAAAGUUUUACAAUG